UGCGUCGAUCGAACAUUAUCCCUUCUUUCUCCGGUGUGCCAAAAUCGCGAUUGUGGACAAUUCGCGCCAUUUCAGUCGCCGGCAUUCGAAACAUGGCCGAGGGGACGACGUUGUUGAACAACGACGAGGAUCGGACAGGAGAGGCCACAAUCGGAACGCGAAACUUACCCCUCGACGGAGACGUCUUCCAGCACAAUGCGUGGGAUAAUGUCACGUGGGAUGAAGAACAGGAAAAGUUGGCACAACAGAAAGUGGAUGAACAUUCUGUUGUUACGUUAUCGCAUGAAGAAUUCCUGAAAUAUGAAACUGAAGCGGACAAAUAUUGGGACAAAUUUUAUGGGAUACACAACAAUAGGUAUAUUUUUAUUUUUAAAGAUAGACAUUGGUUACUGAUUGAAUUUCCUGAAUUAGCACCCAAUGCUGUGAAACAAAACACAGAAAGACCUAUGAGGGCUGCACUUACAGAUGAAGAUAAAAGUUACGGAGAUAAGCAUAUCAAAAUCCUCAAUUUGCCAUGUAAAGAUAGUUGUAAAAUGUUCGAAAUAGGCUGUGGUGGGAACACUGUAUUUCCCAUACUCAUGUACAAUACAGAUCCAAAGUUAUUUGUGUAUUGUUGCGAUUUUUCCACCAAAGCAAUUGAUAUAUUACCAAACUCUGCUUAUGAUGUAAAUAGGUGUAAAGCAUUUGUCCUGGAUGUAACUCAAGAAACGUGGGCAACUCCUUUUGAGUCUGAAAGUCUAGAUAUUAUUAUUCUUAUAUUUGUUUUAUCUGCCAUACAUCCUGAGAAAAUGCAACAUGUUGUACAGCAAAUACACAAAUAUCUAAAGCCAGGUGGAAUAGUUUUGUUUCGUGAUUAUGGCAGAUAUGAUUUAGCACAACUGAGAUUUAAGAAAAGUAAUUACCUCGACAAGAAUUUCUACGUACGUGGAGAUGGCACUAAAGUGUAUUUUUUUAUUCUAGAGGAAAUUAGAAAGUUAUUUACCAGUAAUGCCUUCAUCGAAGAACAAAACUUUGUCGAUAGAAGACUGCAAAUUAAUAGAGGUAAACAAUUGAAAAUGUACAGAGUGUGGGUGCAAGCAAAAUAUCGGAAGACAUCGUCGUAAAACUUGUGUACAAUUUACCGUGAUUCUCACACGAAAAAAGACCAUUUAUAAUAGAAAUCUGGAAACACAAUAUAAUUGGAUAAAAAUAUAUCUUUCUUGCACGUUUUCAUUAUUCAAUGUAUAUAUUAAAAUUAUCUUUUAUCUAUUUAAGUGCAACUCCUGAAAUCUAAAUAAUGUAAUAUGUAUAUAAUAACUUAUUACUCUACAAAAUUAAAAUUAUUUAUAUAAAUUUUUAGGCCAAAAUAUGUCAAGUUUAAAAUCAAACAAAUAGAGAAAAAUGGGUUAAUAUAUACAAUUAUAUAUAAAUAUAUAUUGAUAUUAUAUAUAUUCCUAAAUUACUAUAUCUAAUGUCAAUAGUGUUGUAAUCGUGGUUUUAAGAAAGUUUUAUGUACAUUGUUAAAAUAUUUUCAAGUUUCAAAUAUUUUCAUUAUCAUCAAAUAUCUAUUUCAAAAUUGUUGAUCGAUGACUAACUGAAAUACUGUAAGAUUUCCACUUUUUACACGUGCAAGGAAUAAUAAAUACAAUCUUUAUAAACUUAAAUUAAAAUUUUCAUAAUCAUAAUAAAGAAUCUAAUAUAUUUAGCCAAUUUUACGAUUCGGAUAAAUUAUAUAAAUUACGCGCGAUAUCGAGAUAAAGCUGCAGUCUUUCUAUCCAUUAGCUGGAAGUAAAACGAGGAAUGUAGACUGGAUGUAACAGAGUUGUGUAAUAUUAAAAUAAUUUAAUUGCACAGAUCGACAAAUAGUCAAGAUUU